CAGUUCGGAGUCGCACAAUUAUGAAAAAGCAACCUUCCGCUGGAGCUGCAGCUAGGGCAGAUUUUUCCAGCGACUACUGGGCUUUCCUUCCAAGGGUAACAGAGAGGAACACCGCUGAUAGAUGGAUAAAAGCCUCGGAGCAGCUCUUCCUGAGUUUCAACGGUGAAGAGAAUGUCCCAGAAAUCCUGGAUAGAAAGCACUUUCACCAAGAGGGAAUGUGUCCAGAUACUUCCUGUGUCGAAAGACCCCCACAGAUGCCUUCCAGGAUGUCAGAUUUGCCAGCAGUUGGUGAGAUGCUGCUGUGGUCGGCUUGUACGGCAGCAUGCUGGUUUUACUGCCAGUCUGGCCAUGAAGUACUCCGACGUGACCCUGGGUGGGGCGGCAGGGGGUGGGGGUCAGUCAGAGAUGGAGGAGUGGACCGUGGACAAACACACACAGGAGAGUCCUACAGACGCUUACGGCAUCGUUAACUUCCAGGGGGGGUCACACUCUUACAGAGCCAAGUAUGUGCGUCUGUCCCAUGACAGCCGGCCAGAGAGUAUUCUGCGGCUCAUGCUGAAGGAGUGGCAGAUGGAGCUUCCUAAGAUCCUCAUCUCAGUCCACGGAGGCAUCCAGAACUUUGACCUACACCCUCGCAUCAAACAGGUGGUGGGAAAGGGCCUGAUCAAAGCUGCGGUCACCACUGGGGCGUGGAUAUUGACGGGAGGGGUGAACACAGGUGUGGCCAAGCAUGUGGGUGAUGCGCUGAAGGAGCACUGUUCUAGAUCCCCGAAGAAGAUCUGUACCAUCGGAAUCGCUCCCUGGGGCGUUAUCGAGAACCGCAACGACCUCAUCGGGAGAGAUGUAGUAGCCCCUUACCAGACAUUGCUAAAUCCCCUGUCCAAGUUGAACGUGUUGAACAACCUCCACUCCCACUUCCUGCUGGUGGAUGAUGGGACGGUGGGGAAGUAUGGAGCCGAAGUCGAUCUACGCCGUGACCUGGAAAAACACAUCAACCUGCAGAGAAUACACGCACGUAUUGGUCAAGGUGUUCCGGUUGUGGCGUUGAUAUUGGAGGGGGGUCCCAACGUGAUUCUGACUGUGUUGGAGUACCUUCAGGAGAGUCCCCCUGUCCCUGUAGUUGUCUGUGAGGGGACUGGCCGCGCUGCUGACAUACUGGCCUAUGUCCACAAACAGACAGAGGAGGGGGGGGGUCUUCCUGAUGGACUGGAGAUGGACAUCAUCACUACAAUCAAAAAGAUGUUCAACUUCAGCCACAGUGAUGCCAGCCACCUCUUCCAGACCCUCAUGGACUGUAUGAAGAGCAAAGAACUGAUCACUGUGUUUCACAUUGGCUCUGACGAUCACCAGGACAUUGAUGUGGCCAUAUUGAGGGCAUUACUCAAAGGCACCAAUGCGUCUGCGUUUGACCAGCUGGUUCUGACUCUCGCCUGGGAUCGGGUGGACAUUGCCAAGAAUCAUGUGUUCGUCUACGGACAGCAGUUACUGGUGGGUUCGUUGGAACAGGCCAUGCUGGAUGCCUUAGUGAUGGACCGUGUGGAUUUUGUGAAGCUACUGAUAGAGAAUGGAGUCAGCAUGCACAGGUUCCUUACCAUCACACGGCUGGAGGAGCUGUACAACAUGAAACAAUCACCAGCCAAUCCAACACUCUUCCACCUCGUAAGGGACGUCAAACAGGGUAACCUCCCCCCUAACUACAAGAUCACACUGAUUGACAUUGGCCUGGUGAUAGAGUACUUGAUGGGUGGGACUUACAGGUGCAACUACACCAGGAAACGCUUUAGGAUCAUCUACAACAAUCUCCACGGCAACAGCAGGAGGUCUGGUCGCCACUCUGCAGGGCCUGGAUCCCACCUAAGGAAGAGUCAGGAGUCUUUCAGUAUCCAGGCUGACAAGAAGGAGAAGACCAGGCACAACCACUUCAUCAAGACUGCACAGCCAUACAAACCCAAAUUGGAGUCGGCAACAGACCAGUCCAAGAAAAAAGCCAGGGAGGAGAUAGUCGACAUUGAUGACCCAGAGACUCGCAGGUUUCCCUACCCGUUCAACGAGCUGCUGGUGUGGGCCGUCCUGAUGAAUAGGCAGAAGAUGUCGCUGUUCUUCUGGCAGCAUGGCGAGGAGAGCAUGGCCAAGGCACUGGUGGCCUGUAAGCUCUGUCGUUCCAUGGGCUACGAGGCCAAGAAGAGUGACGUGGUUGACGACACCUCGGAGGAACUCAAAGACUACUCAAAUGAAUUUGGCACCCUCGCAGUGGACCUCCUAGAACAGUCGUUCAGACAGGAUGAAACCAUGGCAAUGAAGCUGCUGACCUAUGAACUGAAGAACUGGAGUAACAGCACCUGUCUGAAGCUGGCUGUGUCGUCACGGUUACGGCCCUUCGUGGCUCACACCUGCACCCAGCUACUGCUUUCAGACAUGUGGAUGGGAAGACUCAACAUGAGGAAGAACUCCUGGUACAAGGUAAUCCUCAGUAUCCUGGUACCUCCUGCGAUCCUCCUCCUGGAGUAUAAGUCCAAGGCAGAGAUGUCCCACAUCCCUCAGAGUCAGGACGCCCAUCAGAUGACCAUGGAGGACAGUGAACACAACCUCCAGAACACAACUGAAGACAUACAGAUGGACGUGUUCAAGGAGGCGAGGGCGAAUGACAACGUGGUGGUGAAGGACGAGGUGGAGAUACAGGUCCGCUCCCGAAGACUUCCUCUGACCACCAAGUUCUACGCCUUCUACCACGCCCCCAUCGUCAAGUUCUGGUUCAACACGCUGGCGUAUCUGGGCUUCCUGAUGCUGUACUCGUUCGUGGUUCUGGUCCAGAUGCCGGAGUUUCCAUCUACUCAGGAGUGGGUGGUCAUCCUCUACAUAUUCACCUACGCCAUCGAGAAGAUAAGAGAGAUAUUUAUGUCUGAAGCUGGGAAGAUUAGCCAGAAGGUAAAAAUCUGGUUCAGUGACUAUUUUAACCUCUCAGACUUCGUGGCUAUUGUCACCUUCUUUGUGGGAUUUGGAUUGAGGAUAGGAGGCGAAGAUAUUGUCCCAGGACGGACUGUGUACUGCUUGAAUAUCAUUUUCUGGUAUGUAAGACUCCUAGACACACUGGCAGUCAACCAGCAAGCAGGACCAUAUGUGAUGAUGAUUAGUAAAAUGGUGGCCAAUAUGUUUUAUAUUGUGGUGAUCAUGGUGGUGGUGUUGUUGAGUUAUGGUGUGCCCCGGAAAGCCAUCCUGUACCCAAACGAGGAGCCCAGUUGGAAGCUUCUCAAAGACGUGGUCUUCCAGCCGUACUGGAUGAUGUAUGGGGAAGUGUAUGCGUAUGAAAUUGAUGUGUGUGCCAAUAACUCGGAAACUAAUGUGAAAUCACUAUGCUCAGAUACAGUGUGGAUCACUCCUUUUUUACAAGCAGUCUACCUCUUUGUCCAGUACAUACUGAUGGUUAACCUUCUCAUCGCCUUCUUCAAUAAUGUGUACAUCCAAGUGCAGUCAAUCAGUAAACUGGUAUGGAAGUAUCAGCGGUAUCAUUUCGUCAUGGCCUACCAUGAGAAGCCAGUCCUCCCUCCACCACUCAUCCUCCUCUCCCAUCUUGUCUCUUUCUUCUCUUGCAUCUGUCGCAAGAGGAAGAAGGACAGUCACUCUUAUGGACCAAAGUUGUUUUUAACUGAGGAGGAUCAGAAGAAGCUCCAUGACUUUGAGGAGCAGUGUGUGGAGAAAUACUUCCAUGAGAAAGAUGACAAGUUCCACUCAGGGAGUGAAGAGCGCAUCCGCCUCACCUCUGACCGGGUUGAGACCAUGUGUGUCCAGCUAAAGGAGGUCGGUAAUAAGGUGAACUUUAUCAAGCGUUCCCUACACACACUGGACUCCCAGAUCGGCCACCUCCAGGACCUGUCAGCUCUGACUGUGGACACCCUGAAGACGCUGACUGCCCAAAGGGCCUCAGAGGCCAGCAAGGUGCACAACCAGAUCACUAGAGAGCUCAGUCUGUCGAAGAACGUUGCCCCCACAUCCCAGGACCCUACACCAUGUGCCGGGCCUCAUUCCAAGGGGGUCAAACGGAGUGUGGGGGCCUUCUUUGGUUCCUCGUUUCCCCAGGCGUCAGGUGUGGUGGUGGGUGGCAACAUGGCUGAUUCUCUGUUUGGUAGUGCAGUGGAAGGAGGAUUGGAGAUACUGGGGCUGGGGAGAAGGCCUCUUGGGAUUGGACCUGGGUUCUUACCUGGCCUGGGGAUGGGGCUGGACCCAAACCCCCCGUUGAGGCUCAGUCCUCAGGAGCGGAAAGGAGACUUGGCUGGCCUGGGGCACCAUGCUACUGCUGCUAUAGAGGCCGGACCCUUCACUGGUGGAAGUGCCAGCGCCUUCUCCCUCAGCCCAGCUCCACCGCCCCCCACUGUCACUCCUCCAGAACUGCGCCUGCGUGGCCACUCUUUCACGCAGCGGCAACUGACCCGUCCAGAGCAGCCGGUCCUCACCGACUGUCCCUCCAGCCUGCCCAGCGUGCCCUCUCCCGGGGCUGCCUUUUAUGUUAGCUCAGUCCCCUCUCAUCCCUCCGGUUCCAGUCACCCAGACCUCAACCUGGCUCUGCCGAACAAAGACAGAACCUCUGCUUCCACCUCUGCCACUGAGGAGUUUGGUGCAUUUGUCGGUCAUAAAGAAAAUCUUCACUUGGACCUGCAGUGCUCAUUCCCCAAGGACAUCUCCUCCUCAGCCUCCUCUUCCAGACAGCUCAGCCCAGCCACACGGCCCAGAGAACAGGGUCAUCCAGAAGUCCAUGGUAAUAUGAGGACAGUCAACUCAUAUGCUGGCUUCACUGAGUUUGACCGAAGUCCCUCUUUCCUCCACCCCGACUCCUCUCUGAGUAAGAGAGAGAGAAGCAGAGUGUCCGCAGAAGACAUCCUCGCCCACGAAGACCCACGAGCCGCUGUGCUACUGGAGAGGGUUCAGGUCAAAUCCGCCCAGGCCAGCAGUCUCAGGACCCCAGGGGAGGACCCGGGACUAAAUGCUGCGGCUUGUCUCUUCAGACACACCCACCUGGGGAGCAGGAAGGACUCAAAUGUCAUGAGAGGAGAGCUUGCAACAAUUGGUUCACCUUUCAAGCCAAUGGAAAGCUACCAAUACUCAGCUGUGGAGCGUAACAACCUGAUGAGGCUGUCUCAGAGCAUCCCGUUCACCCCAGUGCCACCUAGAGGUGAGCCAGUGACAGUUUAUCGUCUGGAAGAGAGCUCUCCCAACACCAUCAACAACAGCAUGUCUUCCUGGGCUCAGAAAGGUCUCUGUGCCAAAAUAGAAUUCCUCAGCAAGGAAGAGAUGGGAGGGGGGCUGCGAAGAGCACUCAAGGUGCUGUGUACGUGGUCAGAGUAUGACAUUCUGAAGCCAGGUCACCUGUACAUUGUUAAGUCCUUCUUACCAGAGGUGGUCCAGACCUGGCAGAGCAUAUACAAGGAGGACACUGUGUUGUUGCUUUGUCUCAGGGAAAUUCAACAGCAGAGAGCUGCACAGAAACUGACAUUUGCCUUUAACCAAAUCAGGCCCAAGACAAUCCCUUAUUCUCCCAGGUUUCUGGAGGUAUUUCUGUUGUACUGUCACUCAGCAGGCCAGUGGUUCGCCAUAGAGGAGUGCAUCACUGGAGAGUUCCGGAAGUUUAACAAUAACAACGGGGAUGAGAUCAUCCCGACCAACCUCCUGGAAGAGACCAUGCUGGCCUUCAGCCACUGGACAUAUGAGUACACCAGGGGAGAGCUGCUAGUGCUUGACCUACAAGGUGUGGGGGAGAUUCUCACUGAUCCAUCUGUCAUAAAGAGUGGUGAGAAGGGGUCAUAUGACAUGAUAUUUGGUCCUGCCAACCUGGGAGACGACGCCAUCAGAAACUUCCGGGCUAAACACCACUGCAAUUCCUGCUGCAGGAAACUCAAACUUCCCGAUCUGAAGAGAAAUGAAUACACACCAGACAAACUAAUGCUGCCUCAGGACGAAUCACAUGACCCUGGAAGCGGGACCCGCCACUCAAUGCGGCUCAUGCUUUAAUCCUAUUGGACAGAGCCAGAAAGAAGAGUGCUGUGAUUAUAUGGGUGACUUCCGAGAGAGGAGGAAUGAGGAAGGAGUGUGCACGCGCACCUCAUCAAAACAACUGGAAGAGCAUGCGUUUCCAUGGAGACCAGUGCCUGCAUGCAGAACAAUGUGAUGUUUGUAUCUAUCCCGCCAGAAACUGUGUCCAACCAAGCCAGUCAGCAACCAAGUUAUUAUUAUUUUUUUUUAUUUGUAAAUCGGAAUGGAGCUUUUAAAUGUAUUUUACUACAAGUUUAUAUAUGAAUGAGUAUAUAAAAAAAAUAUAUAAAUGGCUAUCAACAGGUACACUAUCAUCGCUUAAAGAGGGUCUAGUAUUUAUUCUGAACUAUGAAAGUUGCCUAUAAACUAAAGCAACAUUAAAGUGCAUUGUCUGUGUCUACAGCUGAUCCCAGGGUUAGCUGGCUGAGAUACCAUCUGCAACACUUAAUGCAGAAUGUCGCCAGAUACUUUUUAUAAAUGUAAAAUACAUGUAACAUUAAGGCAUUUUUUGGUUCAUAUUUAAUGAGAAUACAUUAAUUUUUAAAUCUUGUAAAAUAUGGGCAGAUUGCAAUGCAACUUUUACAGUACAUAUAUGUAAUACUUUUAUUGUGUUGAACUCUUCUGAAAUGUGUCCACCAAAAAUUGCUGAUAGAUUUUAAAUGUUACAACGCUGGUACUUUUAUUAUUAUUAUUACUAUGUCAUCACAUAUUGUAUGCGCAUAUGCCAAUUUAGUGUAUCUUAUAGAUACUGAUAUGGCACUCAAACUGAAUAAGAUGAUAUUUUAUGCAGGGGGGUAUUACUGUAUACAUUUUCUACCAUAUAACAUUUUAAUAAAAAGGACAAAGUAUCAUACAGCCCAUUCCUGGUACAGUGA